CAUACAAGGCCACUCACGACCAAAUUGGACAACACAUACCCGAGGCUUCAAACAGCUUACAAUGGUGGAUCCGGCCACUCUUGGAUGGGGUCUUGCUGGGCUGGCAACAAGUGGCUUGACCGCAGCACAAGCAGCCUGCUACAAUCGGAACGGGAGCAAAAGGAGACAGCAAGAUGAAGAGAUGCGGCGCCACCAACAAGGACAACAAAAUCAUUACAUGGGUGAGGUUAUUAGAGGUAAUGCUCAGCGUGCGGAGUUUGAGAAGGAGGCAAGAGAAGCGCAGGGCCGCCGUGAAGCUUUUGAGAAGCAGGUAAUGGAAGCACAACGACGCCGUGAGGCUUUUGAGAAGCAAGCAAUAGACACACACAAACAAGCGAUGGCUGCUUAUUAUCAAGGUCGAAGGGACGAAGAAAUAGCUCAUGGCAGAACGCGGGAAGGCCUGGGUUUUGUCAUGCACCAGAAUCAUCAAAUUCUCCAACAGCUGAACAAUGCUGGACCCCGUCAGCGACCAGGGCCAAUUCCCGUUAAUAGACAUCCUCAUGGAUCUAGAAGAGAUCCGUUUCCUAUCGGUGCUCCUCAACCUCCCAGAAGACUUCUUGGUGGCCCUGGUGGAAGAGACAGGUAUUAGGCUUUGGAUCCUGUUCUUCGUGGUCACAGUCCUAGGCAAACCCUUCGCUUCUAAAGAUGGGACUCCAUAUAGUGUUGUUUGGCGAUUUGAUAGCGGCGGAGAAAUCCAGUCUACUGAGGAGUUUGGGAUUUUCUCGUCAAGGCAAGGGAGCAAAUCGUUGAGUCAGUGCG